AAUUCAAGGCUAAAGCCAUCAAAAAGAAGAAAGUAAACAUAUGCAUCUCAGUGGAUGGGAUCAAAGUUUCCCUACGGAAAAAGAAAAAGAAGAAGCAGUGGACUUGGGAUGAGUGUAAACUGAUGAUAAUGCAUCACCCCGUCUACAGGGUUUUCUAUGUUUCCCACGAUUCUCAGGAACUUCGGAUAUUUAGUUACAUUGCUCGGGAUAGUCAAACAAAUGUUUUUAAAUGUAAUGUCUUCAAAUCAACCAAGAAGAGCCAAGCUAUGCGUAUUGUUCGAACUAUUGGCCAAGCUUUUGAGGUUUGUCACAAACUCAGUUUACAUCAGACAACAUCUGCAGGUGACACACUCGAUAAUGAAUGUAUCGACAGUGAUGAUUCCCGAGCUCGAGGGCAUGGGCAAGAUAGCGUAGAGACAGAAUCCCCAUUAGAAUCAAUUUCAAGACAGACAACUCUCCGGAUCUCUGAUUUGGAUCCUAGCAAAAGACAAGAUGAAAAGUCUUAUCAGGCAGAGAUAUCAGCCACCCUGGCGUCCCACAAUGCCCCGUACAUGAUAGAUUCUGAUCCAGAUUCUAAAGGAGGCACGCUACUGAGCUGGUACCAUCAGAAACAGCUGCUACACCAGCAAGUUCAACAACAGCAGACACAAACACAGGUGGCCGUUGCACAGGUGUCGCUACUCAAAGAUCAACUAAACGCAGAGUCUGCAGCAAGGAUAGAAGCUCAGGCAAGACUUCAUCAAGUGAUGCUUCAGAACAGGGAUCUCCUCCAACAUCAGCAAGAACUUGUCAGUCACAUCCAAGAGCUCGAGGCUCAAGUGUAUGGGACGUCAACGCACACUUCAGGCAAUCCAUUUCUUACAGAUAUACCCAUGCUGACAGAUCCCACUACACCUCAUCCUCCAGGUGCUGGACCAGAUCUUAGUAACACAGGAGUACAGUCCUCCCAAAUGCUGCAAGAGAGGCCAAAAGAGCUGUUUGAAAACACGCUUGUUAGUACCCAUACUGGUGGAAGUAUGCAGUACAGACAGCCAAACAUGGAAAGCUUAAGAAGCAGCAGUGGAAGUGAUAGUAACAAUGAAUAUCCAGUGUAUCAUGGCGAUUCCCGUCAGAAUGAACCAAUCUCGGACAGUCUUAAAAUGCUAAAUAUAUCUGUUGAACAGUUAGACUCUAGAAAAAAUAGCAGACAUAGGACAUAUGGACUCCCCCAGAGUGGAUCAACAUCCUCAGGGGUCAGCAUGUCCCCAGGGUCUACACCCACUGGCACAGUGAAAUCAGUGAACUCUAGUAUUCACGAGCCUAACACAAAUAAUUACGAGAAACAAGAUCUUGAUGAAAAAGUCAAGCAGUCGCAGAAAUCUUCUCGUCAAGUUUUCAACGGUUAUGGUUCUAUAAACACAACAGUAGAUGCAACGCUCAUCACUACAAUUCUACCAGAGUCCCCAAGCAAGAGCGAUUCCUUGACCUCUGGUACUACAACAGAAACUGAAAUGAAUUCACGCAACAACGACCCGAUAUCACCUGCAUUUACGUUUGACUCAAGCGACUUCAAUAUCAAAAUGGCAAGUGCUGAAUCUAGUCUGAGCGCGAGUCCACAAAAGAAAUUAGAUUUGUCUGACACCCUCCACAUCAGCUUUUCCGACGAUGAGAACACUGAGAACUCAGAGGACUCUGGCGUGCCUCAACUUCCCUCAUCAGCUAUUAUGAAUUUCGAGUUUGAGACUGUGCACAGCUGAACAUGUGUUUCACAUCUAUUUUCUAUUUAGAUUAAGUCUGCACUCAGUUGAAAAUUUUUUUCAUGCAAGGUAAUGUUUCUAUAUAAAUAUAAGCUAUUAGGAUAGGAUCAUGGUAAAGAUUACCAUAUGUUUAAGUGGCUAAUCCUGCCUUAAAUGCACUAUAAUUCAAAUACUGUAGUUUCUCUGGUAUAAGCCCACUUCAUUGAUGACCAUUUAAAAGGCAAUUUUUCAACUCUGUAUGCAUAUUUCAAAGCCAGUCCUUGAUUUUUUUUCAUUUUGCAAAAGUCAGCUGAGCUACUUAUUAAAAUCAUACCCUGGACAUUUGCCCGGGAAAAACAUGGUGUGUAAAAUUUGGCUUAUACCCAAGAACCUAUUGAAGAAUCACAUUCUUUCGUAUGUGAAUAUCUUUUAAAAUUCUGUUUAAUCUUACAAUUAUAUUUUCACAACUAAUUCCUUGUUUGAUACUGUAGUGAUUAGUAAAGAGUUUAAAGAGCCCUUGGACAUUCCAACUGAGGUUGCAAGAGUGCUUCAAGUUUGCUGUAUAUUUAUAUUCAUAAUAUAAUUAUAUAUAAAUAUAUAUAUACAACUGUUGAUAGUGAUUAUUAUUCAUAUUUAAUGAAGUAAAGCAGAUAUGUAUUAAUAUUAUUGUUGUAAUCCCUUCUAGUUAGGAUCAUUAAGAAUCUAGAUUUACAACUCAAACAUGAUGCAUUCCACGUGGAAGAAACACUGUCAAUUCAUCUGUGAUACGGUACAAAUGGGUAAAAUGUGGGUAGUAUAUCAAUCGAGAUAAAUAAUUUGGGAACAUAAAUAUGUGAUAUAUAAAAAAUAAUAUCCACAUAAAAAGAGAACAGUUGAUAAAUAAUGACAAAUUGGCGUUGGUUGAGUGGGGGAGGGAACAGUGGGAUGAGAUCAUGAAUUGUAAAUACUUACUAAAUUAUAUUUCCAUGUAAAACCAAUAACACAAAUUGUCCAUUUGAACAUUAAAUGGUGGUUGUCCAGAAAUGUAUAAAUUGAAACGAUUUAUGUAACUAAACAAUAAGUACAAAUAAAUAAUGAUUGUGGCUUAUAAAGGCCAUGACUUAUUAUAUUGUAUAUGCAGGACAUAUGACUGAACUCCUGAUUAGUUGGACAGAAACACAUAGAUGUAUCUAUUUUUGUAAAACAAUUACUAGGAUUAUUGGAUUGUAAAAAAUUGCCAGUGUUAUGGAAAGAGAAUAGGAGAGGAUUGUAAAAUGUAGUUUUCAAUGAGAUUAUUGAUAACAUUGUUGAAAGUUUGUUUAGUUGUGGAUGUAAUGAUUAUUAAUGGCUGUUCUCCAUCUACUGAUUGUAUUAUAUAAACGCUAAUUGUAGGAUAUUCUUUGUUGCACUAAUAUGUGUCGUAAACGGUCAACAAAUUAUGCUUCUUAAUCGGAGUUAAACUUAAUCAUUGUUUAUUCUGGAGAUAAGAGAUGGUGAAAUUAAUGAUAUUGUAGUCGUUUAUUUUGUUUGUACAAAGAAAGUAUUUAAAAUGAGUCACAUAAAAUGUGCAACAUUAAAGAUUAUACUGCCACAUAAAUUUAAUAAACAUGAAAAUUAACAACAAUUUAAAUGCUUGUUUGCUUAUAUUUCAGUUAGAAUUUAAGUGAAAUCAUAUCAUUUUUCUAAGUCAUUAAAAACUCACCUUUUUUCUAUCUGUAGUGACAGUAGGUGAAUUUGUAAAAUGAGCAAUUCAAAUGUUUAUUUGAAUUUUUGAGAAUGUUUCCUUGAUGUGUUUUUGGCUUGUGGCAGUAUAUCCUAUAUCUAGCCUAUGAACUUAUGUACUUUUACUGUAAUUCUUAUUUCUUAUACAGAGGGCAACAUUAUACUUCGCUGAUAUUCUGGUUAACUAGUUGAUUUCUGUUCUCAAUUUAUAGGCCAACAUAAAUUCUGUUUUGAAGAUAAUCAGUUCGUAAACAGCAUUCACAACUAGUGUAAUAAUAGUAUAUUUUAAGAAAUAAAAUAUGUGAUUUUAAUAAGUAAAAUUAAAUAUAAACCAUUGUUUUUAUUUAUACAAACAGUCCAUGUUAUACCUGCUAUGUACAAGUGUCUAGUCAAGGUUGGAUAUGGACCUAAAAUCAUUAAGCGCACAUGUAUCAAUUCAAUAUUCAACUUUUUUUUCUCUGCCUUUUGUUUUUAGUUAAACCUUAUAUUGUUGAACACUAUAUUACAAAUAAAUAUUCAUAAUUUAAUGCCCUGUAAUCACAGGCACAAUUUAAUGUUCUACUAAAUCUACAACGGUUAAUGUAGUAAGUGCUAUUUGGAAAUCUUCCAUCUGCAUAUCAGUGCUUAGGUGCUCCUUGUAACUGAAUGCAUCAGUGACUUGUAUAUGAGACUUAAGAAUGGUAUUUGACCUACAGUAGGAACAUAUCAGUUUUUAGUUAAUCAUUUAUAUGUUGAAAAUUAUAGUAAUUACCUUGUAAUUAUGAAUUGACUGCCUACUGUGAAUGUUUUCAUUUCAAUUAUUAUGUGUUACGUUACCUAUAAUGUACUCUGUUGAAACUCAAUUAACACAAAAAACAGUAACAAUUAAAAUUGAAAAAAGUAUUGAAA